UGCGCAAUUGAUCGAGCGUUUACGGUAAUCGUUGUGAAGCGGCGCAGGGGCAGCCAAUGGGGCCCGGGCUUAAAAUCUAAAUGCGGUGCAAAGUAUGUCGGCCUGAGCAAGAGGUUCCAAGAUUUUAAAGAAGACAAAAGUCCUCAGGGAGUUCAGGUCAGACAGGCUCCACCGGGCCUGGGUUACGGAAGUGACAACAGGUGAGCGCUCCGCAUGAUGCUCCUCCUUCAAACGGUGUCUGUCCGCGUCCGGAGUUUGUUUGUAAAGUUGAAGAGGCGGGCAGCAGCUCGGGUGCGAUGGGGAACACAGAAAGCUUCUGGGGAGCGAGGAGGGAAUCCAAGAAGGAGCAGGCGAGUCUCGCACCCGCGGUGCCGGAAAUCUCAGUGACUGAAGCGUCGCCUGUCUCUGCAGAGGGGUUUGUGUUCCCCCUGCCCAGCCCCGAAACGACUGGCAGCACGGGACAGGCGGAUUCAGAUCCUGCAGCGCAUAUUCAUGUUGUGAGCGGCUGCGGCAACCCUGAAGGAUCCAGGCAGCCUGAGACAGACGACGCGGACGAUGAGGGACCGUUUGACACUUGCAGUCUCAGUGGCAGUGAAGGUAACAGCAGCCGCCAACACUUCAUCCAGGUGAUGAUGGACAGAUCCCCCCAGGUGAGGCGCAGCAUGGUGCUGCGCAGGUCACUUUACCUGCCCUCUCGGAGUGACAGCGACUCGGUCUCCAUGCUCUCCUCCAUCCUGGACGAAGACAGGACCGCGGUCACCCUGGACCCUCUGGAACAUGAGUGGAUGAUGUGUGCUUCCGACGGUGAGUGGGGCAGCUUGAACCGCCUCCUCGCCACAGACCCCAGUCUUAUCCUGAGGAAGGAUUUCGUGUCCGGGUUCACCUGCCUGCACUGGGCCGCCAAACUUGGCAAUCCUGAGCUCAUAGCGCUUGUUAUUAACUUCGCCAUGCAGUACAACAUUCCAAUCAAUAUUGAUGUUCGAUCCAACACUGGCUACACGCCGCUGCACAUAGCUGCUAUGCACAACCACAUGGAGGUGGUGAAGAUCCUGGUGGGUGCCUAUAAUGCUGAUGUGGAGAUCAGAGACUAUAGUGGAAGGAAGGCCUGCCAGUACCUUACUGACAUUGUAAGUGUGGACAUACGGGACAUCAUAGGAGCUUACGAGCAAUCGAACUCAGAGAACACUGACUGCAGGGACCGAGGCCUUUGGAGGUUCUCCAAGGUUCUCCAAUCUAACCUCAGGCCCCUCAGGCUGCUGAACCCAAGUGACUGGGACUCUGUCGAUGGGCAGGGUCGAAUCUGGCAGAAGCCCCUGAGGAGGAUGUCUUCUCUCAGCAGGAUGAGGCCCAAACUGCAGCGGCUCCGCUUGAGGACAUCACAGAUUGUCCACAGCACCUCUUUCCGUGAUCCAGAAGAGUUGGAGGGGUCUGGGGAAGGCUUCUGUGAGCCCAGACCUAAGACACAUUUCUUUGGGUGAGACAGAGACGGCACAAUCUUUAUUCUUGAUAAGGUAGAAGAUCUGUGUGUGUCGAUUAUUUACAAAUGGUUUACUUUUUAGCUAAAUAUACAGUAUUUAAUAAGUUUGCUCAUGGAGGUUUUGCAAGAGUUGGUGUAUGACAGUCGGACUAAGAAGCAACAGUUUAAUAACAGCAUAUUCUAUAUGUUUUAGACACAGUGAACACUUUGUUGUAAAUAUAGACAUUCCAAAUGUAUGAUAUUAUUGAGGCUUGUGACAGCCAAGGUCUGAGUCAGAUGUGGGGCAACAUACUGCUUCGUGUCAGAACUUGACUUAAGCCUCAUACUGCAAAUGCUUCUCGUGUUAAGCUGUGCUGAAAACUAAGGUCUGUGGAGAUGAAGACUGAUGUGUUACAUUUCUGGUCACACUUUUUCUACGAUAUCAUACACAUCCAGUCAUGGUUUGUCAGAAGUGGUUUGUCAGUGAUACAUGGAGACGGAAUUCCAUUUGUCCCGUAUGAGGAAUCCAAGACCUUGUCUCUAUCUUUGCUGUGUACCCACAAGUUUAAACCUCUUUAUUUUUUCAAUGUUUUCUAGUAUGUACUUGUUGCCAUUUCUGUGUAUCUCUAACUAGUUCAGCUUUCAAAUAUUUUGUUUACGUUUUGUAGACGUCUUUGUCAUUUCACUUGUAUCGUUGCACUUUUGAUCAAAAACAAGUCUUAGAAUUAAUUAUACGUGCAUAAUACCCACUCUGUAUAAACCUUUACUUUAAAAAAAAAGCAUGAAUAGUGAACGUUACAGUAAAGAAAUGUAAACAUUAUUUAGGCACACAGGCUGAGCAAAGCAUGGAGAUGUUUUAAAAGCCUUUAUGUAGUUUAUUAAUUCAAAUGCUGGGACUAAGAUUAUCUUUGGUUCGACGUGAGCGUGCCCCAGUGAGCACUAGGCCUCAUCUUUUGUCUGAACAGCAAAUAUUGACCUGGUUACCUCUGUCUGGUUUAUUGGAACAUUUUUAAUGCUUUGUAUGGUUGACGUUUGUCUUCUAAUUAAAUAAAACAUGCAUUGUUGUAAUUCUA